AUGAACUAUUAUAAGCGGCGUGAAUGGGACGAUAAUCUUAUCGGCCUUGGUUACGAGUUGAUCGUAAAAGCGUUGAGAUUGGGCGCGACCCGUCUCAAUCUACAACUCACGAAUUUCAAUGACGAGAGACCCAUUUUGCCGCACGAGGUUUUCGAAGCUGAGAACCUUGUCGAGUUAUCCGUGGAAGGCUACUUCAUUCCUGAUCUCGUGCUGGAUCAAAGGGUAAGAUGUUCGAAGCUUGAAUCACUUACUUUAAAUGAUGUGAGGAUUAAACGCGAUAUGGUCCCCCGCAUAGUUUCAGCCUGCCCCUUGAUUAAACAAUUAUCACUUUGCAAAAUUAAGGGUAAUAGAUUACAGAGCCUUGCUUGGGUUUGUGAUUAUCUGACCGAUUUUCAUAAGCUGACGUCCCUCAAGCUUCAAUGUAUGCGAUUGGAUUCCGAGUUUCUGGAUGAUUUAUCCUUUAGAUUUCCUAAUUUGAAGGAUUUAUUCUUGAAUUUGUGCGAUUUUGGUGAUAAAAUACAAAUAUGCAGCCACUCGCUCGAGCGUCUGGAAUUACUCACCAGAGAAAGACGGAGGACAAAGUUCGUAUUGGAUGUCCCGCGUAUUCGUAAACUUACAUUCAAAUGUUGUGAAAUUCCUUCAGUCGUUUUCAUAUCGGACUCGAAGGAAUUGGAUGAAUCGCAUGUAUCCAUUGUGUGUUAUAGUUUUACACAUUCAUCGUUUCUUGAUGUGAGUAAGCUGUUGACCGAGUUGAGGCGGUCAAAAAUUUAUCUUUAUCUCUCAGUCAGGGCCGUGGAUAUGUCUGAUUACGAGGUAGAAGAUUUUGAUGGUUUACCCUCUAGGCACCAAUUGGAACAUUUGAUGGUGGAAACGGACGAUAUGAAGUCUUUGACCUCUUAUGCAAUUUUUGAUGGGUUUUUCCGGUUAUGCUGCCCGAAGAUAAUUACGCAACGAUAUCAACGCCAUCAGAGGUAUCAUGACCACAAAAGAACCAAAAGAAACAAUGAUUUCCUUUCCAAGAUGCUCGAAAGAGGAACGAAGGGAGCAUUCUCUAUGUAUGGCCUGCAUGAUCUCGAGGAGGUUUAUGUGAAGCCAUAUGAUGAUGAUGGGGAUGAAUUUGUUUGGACAUCAAACUCUUAUUUACAAAAGCACAAUACAGAGACGCGGUAUAAAUGGGACGAUAAUCUUAUUGGCCUUGCUUACGAGUGGAUUGUAAAAGCGUUGAGAUUGGGCGCGACCCGUCUCGAUUUACAGGUCACGGGUUUCUGGGAUGAGGGACCCAUGUUGCCGCACGAGGUUUUCGGAGCUGAGAACCUUUGGAUUCCGCGUUUCUAG